AUGAGCACCCACUCCAUACUGGUCAGCGCCAUUAGGAGUGCGGUUGCCAGCCUUAGGGCUAUUGCCAGCAGUCUUGAGGCUGCCUUGGACGGAGCUGAGGCCGUAUCCUCUGCCUUUGCUGGCCCUGAGGCCCCUGUGACAGUAGCCUCACUGGAAUUGGACUUAGAGGCAUCUGCUAUCUCUGCGUUUUCCGCUGGGGCCUCUUCUGGACCUUCAGCUUCCCGCGUUUCAAGCCACGACGAGAUUGCUCAGCUUCUUACUGCUGCCCCUCCUGCUUGUCACCAAAUCUGUGUCUCAAUGAUGGAGGCACCUACGGAAGUGUUUCGGAGCUUGGAGGAGGUCCGAACUCUCGACCAAGGGCCAGUCCCUACCUAUGUUGUGCAGCUCCCGGAGGUAGUAGAUGCGGCAACAGACUCGACUCUCCCUUCCAUGGAGGUUCUGGCUAUUCCUGUGCUCUCUCGGAGCUCUGGUGUUCUGAUGGCUCUGCCGGCCGACUCCCUUCCUCCAGAGGUGGCCUAUCCUGUGGAUCCUCCUCUGCCUCAGGCACUGAUAGGACCAGUCAAGGAGAUUUUGGUGACAGCCGCUGCGGACGACGAAGAAAGCCUGGAGAAACAUUUAGACUUGCAGCUUCAAUGUAUGCUGGUGGACUUCGAUGUUGCCAUCCUUCCCAAGCUACGGCGGUUAGACCCGGUCACCGAGGGGCCAGGGAUCCACUGUUUCUCGACAGGAGAUGUGGACAUUUUCCCUUCUUCCCAGGAGUUGUUGACCGCGACCUAUGCCUGGAUUCAAGAGGAGCAGGAAGGCAGGGUAGGCUACUACUCGGCUAUGGAGGAGCUUCCCCCAGAAAACCCCAGAGGAGUCCCGAAGCAAGCAACGGCCAAAGCCAAGCAGAAGGCAGCAGCAGCCCCAAAGAGAGUUUCCACUGCGACCCUCUCCCAACAGCUGGCUGUUCUAGCCGAGUCCAUUCCAGCCCUAUCUUCAUCAUUAGUCGAGAUGCAGAAGAGACAAGACAGCCUGGAACAGGCCCUGUCCCGUCGUCCGGCAGCCCCUCCCCCUGCUCCUCAUCGGUUGGAUUUUGGUCAGACAGGUCAGUCUCCCAAAAGGACCAUUCCCCCUCCUUCCAAGUUUCUCGCAGCGGUUGGUCCCCCCCCAAAGUUGAGGAGCCCUCAGAAGCCCCAGAAGGUGGAGGAGAUGCCAGAGGACGAGCCCCAGGGGCUUUUGGAGGAGUUGGAGGAUGUCCCACCCGAGGAGCAACAACAUACCGUGUCACAGAUGCUGGUGAAGCAGCAAGUGGCCCUCAACUCCCUUGUGGCUCAUCUUGCAAGUCAGGAUGGACUUCACGACCUAGGGGUAUCAGGAUCAGCCUCUUCAAGCAUCUCCCUGAAAGGUUCAGCCAAGCGAGAACGUUUGCUCUCAGACCUGGCCGCCAGGCGCAGCGACUUCUUCUUGAAGGUUGCACAGAACGCCCACAGGCGUCUCAAGCCCGCAGAAGCGGUGCCCCAAGCCCUCGAGGAGUUUCCCCAGAAGGCCCUCUUCACCAAGUACCUGGAACGACAGGGAGGAUACACAGGUUAUCAACGAGAGCAAGGGCUUACCAUGUGGCUGCUGGGUCACGUAGCAGAUCAGAUGCUGCUAGGAGAUGUGAAGGGCGCCCAGGAGAUGUUGGCCUUGGCGAUGGUAGCAAUAGAGCAGAGUGCUAUGGACAAUGGCAAGUGGGAGAUAGCAUGGGUGUUAGCACUUCAAGAAGAUCCCCCCCAUCAGCUCUUUGCUCACCGCCCCAUAGCAACGAACCCCAGGCUGAGGGCCUUCAGCCCCCUGUGCCCUGCCGACUGGGGAGCCAUAGCUCUUGCCUACGUCAAGGAGCUGGAUCUUCUCUCCAGCAGGAGACAGGAGGCUCUUCCCAAGAAGCAAGGUGGUGGGAGGCAGGAGGAGGAAGCAGCCGACCCUACAAAGAAGCCAAAGCAGCCCACGUUCCCCCGAAAGCCAAAAGCACAAGGAGGGCAGAGCUCAACAGAGACUGCAUGA